GGCAACACCAGUUCUUGAUUUGGAAUGGCAUGCCAAAAAGCGACGAUCUUGUAACGCUGGAAAGAGACAAUGAAUUCUUAGAAUUGGGACGGACAAGGGGCCACGGGAUGGAUUCUUGUCAAUGACCAAAACGGCAGGCGGUCGGUCGUUUUCUGCCCCUCAGUUGCUGAUCGGCCGAUUGCCCCGCCAAACUCCAGGGGUCUGUUGACUUUGUCGCAACAUGUUUUCUCACGCUUCCAUUGAUCAGGCAUCAGCUUUUUCAGCUUAAAGAUUCAUGACAGCGCCAGAACACCAACACCAACAGCAGGCAACAACAACAUUUAUAAUACUCCAGCACCCCACAUUAUCGACUUGCCCGUGUCAUCCCAGACCACACACUCCUUCUUCGAAAAGCUCAACAACCCGCCAAGUUCAGCAUUUUGUGGUCAUCAUGGCGGGGCAAGACGACGGCGAGUGGAGCCAGGUGAAGCGCAGAGGCGGCCGUCUACGCAACAUACCGGCUCCCACGAAUGAGGCCGCAGAUUCCUUGGUCGAUGGCAUCCGCCCAAAUCCUAAACCGGAACUUUCUGUCAACGAUCUCUGGAAAUACCACGAGUCAGUGAACCAAGACUCGCAGUCGACAGAAUGGUGGGAGCAAGUACGCCAACUACUCGACUCCAUCUUGACCAAGCCAGGUCGCCCGGCCAUCACCAGAGCUGUUUUUCUAGGGCCGGGCCCCUAUGAGCCAAGCAAUGGUAGCUCCGUCGCAAGGCGGACGGCCCACAUGCAGACGGCUGCCUUUAGUUAUGUUGUUGAUCAUUUGAAGUCUCAUAAUGGCCCGGACAUCCAAUGUGUGGUCCAGGAACCCCGGUUUACACAGACUGACAAGGAAUUCUGCGCAAAACUCGGACUCGAAGCGGUUGAGAGCCCAAAUGGCUUCUCCUUGGUUAACGAGAGCACACUGCUGUUCGGGAUUCACAUGGAACUUGAGAUUUACAACCGAGCCAUGGCAAUACCCCCGGCAAUAUACGUUGGCGCCAGCUUAGAAGAGUGGGAGAAAGUUGUCGACCACGGUUCAGAAACAGAAGGGCCGCUCGCCGCUUACUCCAAGAUGGAGAAGAGCUACGAUAGAUACGCUUUCCCCGAUCUCGAUUACAUGUUUUCAAGCACGGUAAUGUAUUGUAGGCGGGGCGAAACAUGAACAAGAUAUCCACUA